UGUGGCGGCCGCGGCCGUGGGGAGUGAGCGGCUCAGUCUGCAGGAGCUGCUGAAGGCGCGCGCACCGACGGCCGCUCUCUGCCGUCCAACCGGACCUCUCAUACCAGGAUUUACCGGACAUUCCGGAACCGAGGAUAUUCUGGAGUCCAAUAUCUGACUGGAAAACUGUCCGCAAACUAUCCGCGAGAUGCUCCGGGAUUCCCGCGGAGCCUGACGUCACACCGCUCGGUCCAGUCUCCCAGGCGAACCAUGCCGUCCGGAACCGCCAGGCGAGACGUCGCUGCGGACGCAGCGGUUCGGGAGCGACUGGAAGCGGCUGUGUGCGGCAUCAGCGAGUUGGACCAGCGGCGGCAGCGCCAGGAAGUUCUGGUCCGGGCGGCUCUGGAGCUUCGAGAGGAGUCGGAGUCGCCGCCGCUGAAACGGAGCUCGGAGGAGAAGCUUCUGGAGGAGAACAUCCUGCUGCUCCGGAAACAGCUGAGCUGCCUGCGGCGGCGGGACGCCGGCCUCAUCAGCCAGCUGCAGGAGCUGGACCGACAGAUCAGUGACCUGCGACUGGACACGGAGGAGCCAUGUGACCGGCCGGAGGCGGACAGCAGGCCCAGCUCGGGUGGGUCUCCCUCACGUCAGCAAAGCUGCUCGCGACUGACGCAGGUGUCUGCAGGUUUCUACGAGCUGAGCGACGCCGCGUCUGGUUCGCUCUCCAACUCCUCCAACUCCGUCUUCAGCGAGUGCUUCUGCUCCGCCGCCGACGCUGACGGCCGCUCGCCGUGCGCAGAGCAGCUCAGCUGCCUGGAGUGUGAGGACCUGCCCGCCUCUGGACCGGUCCGGCGCUCGCACUCGGCCCCUCAGCCGCCCUCCCCGGGGGCCUUCACUGACGCCCGUGUGCAGGUGGGGGGCCUCUGGAGAAGCGGAGAUGUGCUGGACUCCUCCCCGACUCUUGUGCCUCCCAGCUCCUCCUGGCCGCCCCCCCGCACCGCCCCCCUCAAGCGCCUGGACAGCUACAUCUACGGGCUGCUCCAGCGCCGGGCCCAGCCCGUGAGGCCCGGCAGACCCAGGACCAGCAUCAGCACCGAGCCGUCCAAAGGUGGCCUGAGGCCCGGAGGCAUGUGUGCGCGGCACCUGUGCGGCCCCAGUCACAGCGCUGCCCUCGGCGCUCUGAGGGCCUCUCCUCAGAGGCAGGUCUCUGUGGAGAGUCAGGACCACCACACCUCAAGUGGCUUCCACAGUCAGAGCCCGGCCACGGAAGGUGAACCAAGGCUGACUGGCGACGAAGACAAGGUCAUCCAGAGUAGCUCCCUGUUGAGGAGAAGUGUGGAGGCUCCUGCAGCUGCUCUGGAGAGUCCCAGAGCCACUUCCUGUCCACAGGAAGCUCUGCAGUCCUCUGUUCCAGCCAAGAUCCAGGCCAGUUCUCUGAGGAGCCGCCAGCCAGAUGCAGCGAAGAAGAAGGUCCUGAAGGUCGGCGGUGCGUCUGAGAAACGGCCUGCAGACGGAGCAGGGACGAGCGUUCCUGCUGAAGCCCUCGAUGGUCCGGGAGCGACGCGUGGCGAGGCUGGCAGGAGGAGCAAGAGCCAGAGCUCACGUCACGGCAGCGCGGCUUCUGAGCCCAGAGGCUGCUCCAAGAGCUCCGGGGUGAUGGAGAACGGAGGUCCCACCUUCAUCAGGGCGUCCAAGCCGGCGACGGCGGGUGCGUCUUCACGGUACAGACAGCUUCCUGCUUCUAUUCCGGAGGGGAGAGCGGUGAAGCGACACGCCGCCGCCGCGCUCAGCGGCGAGCAGUCCAGGCAGCGCGUGGGCCGCCGCCACAGCCGCGAGCAGACCGCGGUUCUGGCCAAGCCCAAGCACAAGCGCAGCGACCACCGCAGGCUCCCGCGGCCCAGGAGGGGCCAGCAGCCGGCGUUACAGGGCGCCGCCUGCUGGCCGGUGGCGCCGAGUGACUCCGAGUACUCAGCCGAGUGCGCGUCUCUCUUCCACUCCACCAUCGUGGACAGCAGCGAGGACGAGUGCUCCAACUACAGCACCAACUGCUUUGGAGACAGCGAGUCCAGCCAGGAGGACGAGGCCUCCAGCAGCGGCGGCACGGAGCAGAGCGCAGGCCGCCGCCGCCCCGCCGGAGCCUCCACGCAGGCGAGGACGGUGGUUAAGAUUAAGGCCUCGCGGAACCUGAAGAGGAAGAUCCUGAGGUUCAGAUCCGGCUCGCUCAAGCUGAUGACCACGGUGUGACUCCAUGGUGCUACACUUGAACGUUCUUCACCAAAGGGGUGGCACCACGAUGGCUGCUGCUCCCUGGAGUCUGUGGUGUGGAGGCUGCUUCUCCACAGGCAGCCUGAGAGCAGAGAAGGUUUUCCACACUGUUUCCAUUUUGCUGCGCUGUAACCCGUUUGGAUGGCGCUGCCCUUUGACCUUUAUUUCCAGCACUUUCACGGCGCUAAGAUGACUGACCUUGUUUUGUAUUUAUUUGACUCACUGACUGAUGUCACGUUCAAUAAAUGGCAAACUCUU